AUGGCAGACGACGUAGCAACUACACCCGCGCGAGGACGCGGCCGACCACCCAAGGCCGGCGGCUCAGCAGCGACGCCCAAGGCCGCAGCUUCGACAGCUGCUGACGGGCAGCCCAGAAAGCGAGGCCGUCCGCCGAAGAAUGGCGGCCCAGUGACACCCAAGCCGGUCGUGCUGGAUGCGAACGGCCAGCCCAGGAAGAGAGGCCGGCCGCCCAAGAACGGCAUCGCAGCACAGUCAAAGUCCAAGACCGACGCCUCCGGGGCCUCUGCGUCGGCGAAGAAGAGAGGACGGCCUCGCAAGGACGCAUCUGACGGCGAUGGGGCGGACGCGAGCCCAUCUGCCCGGGGACGGCCAAAGAAGGAGGCCGACGCGAAGAGCAAUGGUGCAAAGGGGACGCCGGGGCGCGGGAGAGGACGGCCGCCUGCGAACCCGCUGCAGAAGUUCCUGGGCUCGUUUGCCCUGGAGUGUGCGGCCGUCAGCGACGAGUGGCCGGACCAGUGCGAGUCGAUGGACAUGUCGAUUUCAGCCUCUGACCUGGACCCCUGCGGCAUGGUCGCGUCGUUCAACCUGGGCAUCGUCGAGGGCACCAUGCUGCUUGCCUUGACUCAAGACGAACUCAACGCCUUUCACAACUCCGACUCGGAAGAGGACGCAGAGUGCGACGAACCACCUGCGAAGAAGGUCAAGAGCUCCGCGGACGAGGAUUCUCUGCGGCUUUACUUCAAGUGGAAAGGCCGGAACACAACUGACACCGAGAUACAUGACGGGAGCAGGGAUGUCGGCACCAUAGACUUCCUUGACUCCAAAGCAAUACAGUUCAAGGGCAUCGGAAGCUUCCCUGCCCUGGGAUCAAAGUGCGAAUUCACAGGAACAAGAUACGACAAGGAGCCUACCACUGUUCCUCUGCCCUGGAGCACUUUUUCAGACGAGGCUGCUCAACUAGCCAACGAGAACAGAUGGUAG